CGCGGCGUCUCUUCGAAAACUACUAUGUUGGCUUGGCACUGGUAUCCUGGUCGUAGAUCCUGCAGCGAGGUCCCCGCGAAUCGACCGCCUUGUGAUAUGGAGCCCGUGUACGAAGGUUCUUUUCUCGGCCGCGGUCCCGGCCGUGUUCCACAACGUGCCGCGGCUCGUGUACCUGAAUGGCUUCAAUUCGGGCAUGCCGAUAAGUGCCAUGUAGGUAAACACCUUGUAACUUGGUCCCUUGUCGAACGGGAUCCAAUUACUACCAGGUCGGGGACUUAAUACACCCUGUAGGUCCCUAGCCUUCAUGCCAGGUCAUUCUCGUGGGACAAGACAGCAAACGACGUGAUCGUUGAAGGUUGAGGCUUACCAAAGGCGGGUUUCGUGUAAACGAAAGAUAUCGAGAAACACCAAGGGGGCAAAUUCUCUUACAAGGCAUACAGGGAAAUGGAAGC